AUGGCCUGUCUGAUGGCCGCCUGGUCCGUCCACAACCCCACCGUCACCAACUCCAUCAUCAUGAACACAAAUGGGCCCCCCGACCUCAUGUUGGACCCCCGGACGGUGUGCGUUUGUAUGGACGAGGUGGUCAACAAGCGGCGGACAGGCAGCCAGCAGACGCCGCUGCUGCAGGGACACCUGAAGAAGGUGGACAACAACUUGACCGAGGCCCAGAGGUUCUCUUCGUUACCACGGAGACCGGCUGUCAACAUCGAGUUCAAGGACGUGUCGUACUCCGUCAGAGAGGGCCCCUGGUGGAGGAAAAAAGGUUUCAAGACUCUGCUCAAAGGGAUCUCUGGGAAGUUCACCAGCGGGAACCUGGUUGCCAUCAUGGGGCCGUCAGGAGCCGGGAAGUCCACGCUGAUGAACAUCCUGGCUGGGUACAGGGAGACGGGGAUGAAGGGGGAGAUCCUGAUCAACAGUCAGCCCAGAGACCUGCGCUCCUUCAGGAAGGUCUCCUGUUACAUCAUGCAGGACGACAUGCUGCUUCCUCACCUCACUGUGCACGAGGCCAUGAUGGUCUCGGCCAACCUGAAGCUUCAGGAGAAGAAAGAAGCCCGCAGAGAGAUGGUGCAGGAGAUCCUCAUGGCUUUAGGUUUACUAGACUGUGCUAAAACCAGGACGUCUCACCUGUCAGGGGGGCAGAGAAAGAGACUGGCCAUUGCUCUGGAGCUGGUCAAUAACCCACCUGUCAUGUUCUUCGAUGAGCCCACCAGCGGUCUGGACAGCUCAUCCUGUUUCCAGGUGGUCUCUCUGUUGAAGGCUCUGGCUCAGGGAGGACGAACUGUCAUCUGCACCAUCCAUCAGCCCAGCGCCAAGCUGUUCGAGCUCUUCGAUAAGCUCUACGUCCUCAGCCAGGGUCAGUGUAUCUACCGGGGGAAGGUCUCCAGCCUCGUUCCCUAUCUCAGAGAGCUCGGACUCAACUGCCCCACCUACCACAACCCUGCAGACUUCGUGAUGGAGGUGGCGUCCGGAGAGUAUGGCGAUCAGAUGGUCCGCCUGGUGAAGGCCGUGCAGGAUCGCACGUGCGAGGCAGAGCUUACGGAACUGAACGGAGACACAAACAUCCACCCGUUCCUGUGGCAGCGCACGGAGGAGGAGAGCUCGUCGUCAUCGUCGUCGUCCUCUGAAGGAUGUCACAGUUUCUCUGCCAGCUGCAUGACUCAGUUCUUCAUCCUGUUCAGGAGGACGUUCCUCAGCAUCCUCAGGGACUCGGUGCUGACUCAUCUGAGGAUCUCGUCCCACAUCGGGAUCGGUGUUCUGAUUGGUCUGCUGUACCUGGGCAUCGGGAACGAGGCCAAGAAGGUUCUGAGUAACUCGGGUUUCCUCUUCUUCUCCAUGUUGUUCCUCAUGUUCGCCGCUCUGAUGCCCACAGUCCUCACAUUUCCUCUGGAGAUGGGCGUUUUUCUGAGGGAACACCUGAACUACUGGUACAGUCUGAAGGCUUAUUACCUGGCCAAAACCAUGGCUGACGUCCCCUUCCAGGUAAUAUUCCCUGUGGUGUACUGCUGUAUUGUGUACUGGAUGACAGCCCAGCCUCCUGAUGCCGGUCGAUUCUUCCUCUUCCUGUCUCUGGGGAUCCUGACCUCGCUGGUGGCUCAGAGUCUGGGUCUGCUGAUCGGAGCGGCGUCCACUUCGUUACAGGUGGCGACAUUUGUGGGUCCGGUCACAGCGAUCCCCGUUCUGCUGUUCUCUGGGUUCUUCGUCAGUUUCGACACCAUCCCCUGGUACCUGCAAUGGAUGUCCUACAUCUCCUACGUCAGGUAUGGGUUUGAAGGCGUCAUCCUUUCCAUCUAUGGUCUGGACCGUGAAGAUCUGCACUGUGACGAAGACGACACGUGCCACUUCCAAAAGUCCGAGGCCAUCCUGAAGGAGCUCGACAUGCUGGACGCCAAACUUUACCUGGACUUUAUCAUCCUUGGCAUCUUCUUCUUCUCUCUGAGGAUCAUGGCGUACUUUGUGCUCCGCUAUAAGAUCAGCGCUGAGAGGUAGACCAGAAGGAUCGGAGCAGCAGCUUCCAACACUUAGGACAAAACCUUUAGGCCAAAGUUAGCGUGUAGCUGUGGAGUUUGUCUACAUGUGGACUUUGAAUCGACUUUGGCUGGCUGACAAAAACGGUACGCCAACAGAAGACGAGGAGGCGAGACGAGGUUUGGACAAAACUUAAAUGUCUCGGAGUGUCUUUAGAUGACAUGAGGACAUGUCCUGCAGGGACAGGAGCUGGUCUCCUGAAUCCUGAAGGUUUCACUGUGCCACAACCUGAAGGACCACGACAAUGCAAACUGUGCAACAAACUGGAGAACACCUGAUUUUAUUUCAAAAUACAAGCCUCUGUGGUGUGGCCGAGGACGCUCUGAUUCUGUUUAAGAGUCUCAGGAUGGAGACGACAUGUAUGUUAUCUUAGUUACUGUCAGACACUGUUUGAGACGUGCAUUAACAUCCAUAGGUACUUGGAAACCAAGCAAUGCU